AUGCCGCCCGCCGCGCCCGCCCGCCUGGCGCUCGCCCUGGGCCUGGGCCUGUGGCUCGCGGCGCUGGCGGGGGGCCCCGGGCGCGGCUGCAGGCCGUGCGCGCCCCCCUGCCUCUGCGGCCCGGAGCCCGGCUCCGCCUGCCGCGUCAACUGCUCCGGCCGCGGACUGCGGACGCUCGGACCCGCGCUGCGCAUCCCCGCCGACGCCACCGCGCUAGAUGUCUCCCACAACCUGCUCCGGGCCCUGGACAUGGGGCUCCUGGCGAACCUCUCCGCACUGACAGAGCUGGACAUAAGUAACAACAAGAUUUCUACUUUAGAAGAAGGAAUAUUUGCUAAUUUAUUUAAUUUAAGUGAAAUAAACUUGAGCGGAAACCCGCUGGAGUGUGACUGUGGUCUGGCGUGGCUGCCUCGCUGGGUGGAGGAGCGGCAGGUUCGCGUGGUUCAGCCCGAGGCGGCCACAUGUGCUGGGCCCGGCCCCCUAGCUGGCCGGCCCCUCCUCGGUGUCCCCUUGUUGGAUGGCGGCUGUGGUGAGGAGUACAUCGCCUGCCUUCCUGACAACAGCUCGGGCGCUGCGGUGCUGGCGGCCUUCUCAGCUGCCCACGAGGGCCCAUUGACACCUGCGGCCUGCAGUGCCUUCUGUUUCGCGGCCGGCCAGGGCCUCGGGGCCCUCUCAGACCAGGGCUGGUGCCUGUGCGGGGUGGCCCGGCCCCCCAACGCCUCCUCGGCCUGCCUGCCCUUCUGCUCCAGCACACCAUCACCCCUCGCCCCUGCCUGCAGGGGCCCCACCCUCCUCCGGAACAUCUUCCCUGCCUCCCCAGGGGCCGCCCUGGUGGGGCCUCAGGGACCCCUGGCCUCUGGCCAGCCAGCAGCCUUCCACGUCACUGCCUCCCUGCCCGUCAGCUCCACACACUGGGACUUCGGCGACGGCUCCCCCAAGGUGGACGUUGCUGGCCCCGCCACCAUGCACCGCUACGUGCUGCCCGGCCGCUAUCACGUGACGGCUGUGUUGGCCCUGGGGGCCGGCUCCGCCCGGCUGGGGGCCGAGGUGCAGGUGGAGGCGGCCCCCGUGGCCCUGGAGCUCACGUGUCACGUCUCGGUGCGCAGUGACGAGACCCUCAAGCUUGGUGUCCGAAAUCGUGGCGGCUCAGACCUCGAAGCCACAUACAGCAUUGUGGCUGUGGGCGAGGAGCCAGCACGAGUGGUGCACCCGCUCUGCCCCUCGGACACCGCAAUCUUCCCCGGCAAUGGGCACUGCUACCGCCUGGUGGCAGAGAAGGCUGCCUGGCUGCAGGCGCAGGAGCAGUGCCGGGCCUGGGCCGGGGCCGCCCUGGCCAUGGUGGACAGUCCCGCCGUCCAGCGCUUCCUGGUCUCCCAGGUCACCAGGAGCCUGGAUGUGUGGAUUGGCUUCUCCUCUGUGGAGGGGGCGGAGGCGGGCCCCAUGGUGCGGGACGAGACCUUCAGCCUGGAGAGCUGCCAGAACUGGCUGCCUGGGGAGCCGCACCCUGCCACGGCUGAGCGCUGUGUGCGGCUCGGGCCUGCAGGGCAGUGCAACACGGACCUGUGCUCAGUGCCCCACAGCUAUGUCUGUGAGCUGCGGCCUGGAGGUCCUGUGUGGGACGCAGAGACCUUCCUCGUGGGAGCGCCCAGUGGGGACCUGCAGGGACCCUUGAGCCCCCUGGCACAGCAGGAGGCCCUCUUGGCCCCCCAGGAGCUUGUCGAGGUGAUGGUGUUCCCCAGCCUGGGCGUGAGCAGGGAAGCCUUCCUCACCGCGGCCGAGUUUGGCACCCAGGAGCUCCACCAGCCCACCCAGCUGCGGCUGCAAGUGUUCCGGCCCACAGCAGAAGCAGGGGCCCCAGGAAGCAGCAGGGAACCUGAGAGCAGGUCCCUGGAGAGCCCGACUGAGUCAAUCCCUGCGUGCACCCCAGAGGGACGCUGGUGCCCCCGAGCUAGUCUCCACCUGCCACUGGAUGACCCCUGCCCCCCCCGGGCCUGUGCCAAUGGGUCCACGUCAGGGCCGGGAGCCAGCGGGGCCUCCUGUGCACUGUGGAAGGAGCUCCUCUUCUCCCUGCCGCCGGGCCCUCCCACCCAGUACUCAGUCACCUUCCAUGGCCAGGACAGCCCCCUGCUCCCUGGUGACCUCAUUGUCUUGCAGCACGACGCUGGCCCGGGCGCCCUUCUGCGCUGCCCGCCGGCCCUGGGCGCCCCUGGCGCCGAGGCCCCAUACUUCUCCACCACUGCCACGGCCUGGCUGGCUCACCUGCCCACUCAGCUGGAGGCAGCCCCAGCUGGCCCGGCCUGCGCCUUGCGGCUGCUCGCCGCCACGGAGCGCCUCACCCCCCUGCUGGGCCUGCGGCCCAACCCAGGGCUGCGGCGGCCGGGGCGCUAUGAGGUGCGGGCCACGGUGCGCAACAGUGUGUGCACCCACAACCUGUCCUGCAGCUUCGAUGUGCUCUCGCCGGUGGCCGGGCUACGGGUGGCCCAUCCCACGCCCCAGGAUGGCCAUCUCUAUGUGCCCACCAGCGGCUCAGCCUUGGUACUGCGGGCGGACUCCGGCACCAACACCACAGCCACAGCCCACUGGCCCGGGGGCAAUGUCAGCGCACCCUUCGGAGCCGCCUGCCCUGCCGCGGUGGCUGCCCUGGUGCCCGGCUGCACCCUCGAGGACAACUCCACCCUGUUCUCCGUGCUGCCACUGCCUGGGCUGAGCGAGGGCGAGCACGUCGUCGAGGUCGUGGUGGAGAAUGGCGCCGGCCAGGCCAGCCUCAGCCUGCGGGUGAAGGCCGAGGAGCCUAUCCGUGGCCUUCGUGCCACUCCCAGCCCUGAAGCCCGCGUGCUGCAGGGCGUCUUGGUGAGGUACAGCCCCGUGGUGGAGGCUGGCUCGGACGUGGUCUUCCGCUGGACCAUUGAUGACAAGCAGUCCCUGACCUUCCACAACGUGGUCUUCAACGUCAUCUACCAGAGCGCUGCGGUCUUCAAGCUCUCGCUGACGGCCUCCAACCACGUGAGCAACGUCACCGUGAACUACAAUGUUACCGUGGAGCGGAUGCACAGGAUGAGGGGCCUUUGGGUGUCUGCAGUGCCGCCUGUGCUGCCCCCCAAUGCCACCCUGGCCUUGGCCGCCCAUGUGCUGGUGGACUCGGCUGUGGAGGUGGCCUUUCUGUGGACCUUUGGGGACGGGGACCAGGUGAUUGGCCAGUUCAAGCCUCCGUACAAUGAGUCCUUCCAGGUCCCAGACCCCACAGUGGCCCAGGUGCUGGUGGAGCACAAUGCCACACACAGCUAUGCUAUCCCAGGCGAAUACAACCUGACCCUGCUGGUGUCCAACACCUUCGAGAACCUGACGCAGCGAGUGCCCGUGAGCGUGCGCACCACCUUACCUGCCGUGGCCGUGGCUGUGGGAAGCCGCAUCCUGGUGGCUGGCCAGUCUGUCACCUUCUCCCCAUACCCACUGCCCUCACCUGGGGGCAUCCUGUACACGUGGGACUUCGGGGAUGGCUCCCCGGCUGUGACGCAGCCCCAGCCAGAGGUCGACCACACGUACGCCGCAAGGGGCGUGUACCGCGUUCGUCUGGAGGUCAACAACACGGUGAGCAGUGUGGCAGCCUGCCUCAGUGUCCGUGUCUUUGAGGAGCUUCGGGGCCUGAGCGUGAGCCUGAGCCCGGCUGUAGAGCAGGGCGCACCUGUGACGGUCAGUGCCACACUGGAGUCAGGAGACAACAUCACGUGGACUUUCGACAUGGGGGAUGGCACGGUGUUCACGGGCCUUGAGGCCACAGUGGAGCACGUGUAUCUCCGGGCCCAGAACUGCACGGUGACUGUGGGAGUGUCCAGCCCCGCGGGCCACCUCACCCUGAGCCGGCCCGUGCACGUCUUCGUCCUGGAGGUGCUACGGAUCGAGCCAGCAGCCUGCAUCGCCACGCAGCCCCACGCCUGGUUCACAGCCCAUGUCACCGGGGACCCGGCCCACUACGUCUUCGACUGGACAUUCGGGGACGGCUCAUCUAACACGACCAUCGCGGGAGACCCAACAGUGAUACACAAUUUCACACGGAGCGGGACGUUCCCCUUGGCGCUGGUCCUGUCAAGCCGCGUGAACAAGGCCCAUUACUUCACCAGCGUGUGCGUGGAGCCUGAGGUGGGCAACGUGACCCUGUGGCCUGAGAGGCAGUCUGUGCGGCUCGGGGAGGAGGCCCGUCUGGUGGCUCGUGCCUGGCCCCCGUUCCUGUACCGGUACACCUGGGACUCUGGCACUGAGGACGCUGCCCGUGUCGGAGGCCCUGAGGCCACGUUCACUUAUGCGGACCCAGGUUCCUACCUCGUGACAGUUGCUGUGUCCAACAACAUCUCAGCUGCCAACGACUCUGCCCUCGUGGAGGUGCAGGAGCCCGUGGAGCUCACGGGCAUCCAGGUCAACGGCUCUGGCGUGCUGGAGCUGCAGCAGCCCUACCUGUUCUGUGCCGUGGGCCGCGGGAGCCCCGCCACCUACCUGUGGGAACUGGGGGACGGCGGGCACCUCGAGGGCCCCACGGUCACCCAUGCCUACAACAGCACGGGCCACUUCGCCGUCAGGGUGAGCGCGUGGAACGAGGUGAGCCGUGCGGAGGCGUGGCUGAACAUCACAGUGCAGCAGUGCGUGCGGGGCCUUGGCGUCAACGCCAGCCGCACAGUGGUGCCCCUCAACGGCAGCGUGAGUUUUACCACGUCCCUGGAGGCCGGCAGCGACGUGCGUUACUCCUGGGUGCUGUGCGACCGCUGCACGCCCAUCCCCGGGGGCCCCACCAUCUCCUACACCUUCCGCUCGGUGGGCACCUUUACCAUCAUCGUUACCGCCGAGAACAGGGUGGGCGCCGCACAGGACAGCAUCUUCAUCUACGUCCUGCAGCAUAUCGAGGGGCUGCAGGUGGUGGGGGGUGGAGGCGGCUGCUGCUUUCCCACCAACCGCACGCUGCAGCUGCAGGCCGUGGUCAGGGAUGGCACCAACGUCUCCUACAGCUGGGCCGCCCAGCGGGUUGGAGGCCCGGCCCUGACUGGCAGCGGCAAAACCUUCUCACUCACCGUGCUCGAGGCCGGCACCUACCACAUCCAGCUGCGGGCUGCCAACAUGCUGGGCAGUGCCUUGGCCAACCGCACCGUGGACUUUGUGGAGCCCGUGGGCUGGCUGGCUGCAGCCGCCUCCCCAAACCCAGCCUCAGUCAAUGCCAGCGUCACCCUCUGUGCUGAGCUAGCUGGCGGCAGUGGCGUCAUUUAUACUUGGUCCCUGGAGGGAGAACGGAGCUGGGAGACCCCAGAGCCAUCCACCACCCACGCCUUCCCCAGCCCCGGCCUGUACCUGGUCACGGUCACGGCUGAGAACCAGCUGGGCUCAGCCAAUGCCACCCUUGAGGUGGCCGUGCAGGUGCCCGUCAGCGGCCUCAGCAUCAGGACCAGCGAUCCGGACCGCAGCUUUGUGGCUGCCGGCUCCUCUGUGCCCUUCUGGGGACAGCUGGACUCAGGCACCAAUGUGAGCUGGUGCUGGACGGUGCCGGGUGGCAGUAGGCACGGCCAGCACGUUGCCGUGGUCUUCCGUGAUGCCGGCACCUUCUCCGUUCUGCUUAACGCCUCCAACGCGGUCAGCUGGGUCAUGGCCACCCACGAGCUCACGGUGGAGGAGCCCAUUGUGGGCCUGGUGCUGUGGGCCGACAGCAAGGUGGCGGAGCCCGGGCAGCUGGUCCACUUUCAGAUCGUGCUGGCUGCUGGCUCCGCCGUGCGCUUCCAUCUGCAGGUCAACGGGGCCAUCAUGGAGGCGCUGCCUGGGCCCCACUUCUCCCGCAGCUUCCUCCGGGUCGGGGACUACGUGGUGAGCGUUCAGGCUGAGAACCAUGUGAGCCGGGCCCAGGCCCAGGCGCGCAUCUUAGUGCUAGAGGCCGUGGGUGGGCUCCAGGUGCCCAACUGCUGCGAGCCGGGCAUCCCCACGGGCACAGAGAGGAACUUCACAGCCCGGGUGCAGCGGGGGUCCCGUGUGGCCUACGCGUGGUACUUCUCCUUGCAAAAGGUCCAGGGGGACUCGCUGGUCAUCCUGUCGGGCCGUGAUGUCACCUACACCCCCGUGGCCGCAGGGCUGCUGGAAAUCCAUGUGCGUGCCUUCAACGAGCUGGGCGGGAUGAACCUCACGCUUGUGACGGAGGUCCAGGACGCCAUCCAGCACGUGGUGCUGCGCAGUGGCCGCUGCUUUACCAACCGCUCAGCCCGGUUCGAGGCCGCCACAAGCCCUAGCCCCCGGCGUGUGGCCUAUCACUGGGACUUCGGGGAUGGGGCCCCGGUGGAGGACACGGAGGAGCCCUGGGCUGAACACUCCUAUCUGCGGCCCGGGGACUACCGCAUGGAGGUGAAUGCCUCCAACCUGGUGAGCUUCUUCGUGGCGCAGGCUACGGUCACCGUCCACGUGCUGGCCUGCAGGGAGCCCGAGGUGGAUGUGGCCCUGCCCCCGCAGGUGCUGAUGCGGCGCUCCCAACGCAACUACCUGGAGGCCCACGUCAACCUGCGGGACUGUGUCACCUACCAGACCGAGUACCACUGGCAGGUGUACCGUGCCCCCAGCUGCCAGUGGCCUGGGCGCAUGGCCCCCGUGGCCCUGCCCAGUGUGGACGUGAGCCGGCCCCAGCUGGUGGUGCCACGGCUGGCACUGCCUGUCGGCCACUACUGCUUUGUGUUUAUGGUGUCAUUUGGGGACACGCCACUGGCUCGGAGCAUCCAAGCCAACGUGACAGUGGUGCCUGAGCGCCUGGUGCCCAUCAUCGAGGGUGGCUCGUACCGCGUGUGGUCAGACACUCAGGAUCUGGUGCUAGAUGGCAGCAAAUCCUACGAUCCCAACCUGGAGGAUGGUGACCAGACACCACUCAGCUUCCACUGGGCCUGUGUGGCCUCGACACAGAGUGAGACUGGUGGGUGUACCCUGACCUUCGGGCCCCGGGGGAGCAGCCUGGUCACCGUCCCACGGGAGCGCCUACAAGCCGGCGUGGAGUACACCUUCAACCUGACCGUGUGGAAGGCAGGCCGGAAGGAGGAGGCCACCAACCAGACGGUGUUGAUUCGCAGGGGCCGGGUACCCAUCGUGUCUUUGGAGUGCGUGUCCUGCAAGGCGCAGGCGGUGUACGCAGUAAGCCGCAGUUCCUACGUGUACCUGGAGGGCCGCUGUGACAACUGCAGCGGGGGCUCCAAACGGGGGCGCUGGGCCGCGCGCACCUUCAGCAACCAGACGCUGGUGCUGGACGAGACGACCACGUCAACGGGGAGCUCGGGCAUGCGGCUGGUGCUGCGGCGCGGCGUGCUGCGGGAUGGCGAAGGUUACACAUUCACCCUCACGGUGCUGGGCCGCUUGGGUGAGGAGGAGGGCUGCGCCUCCAUCCGUCUCUCGGCCAACCGGCCCCCGCGCGGGGGCUUCUGCCGCCUCUUCCCCCUGGACGCCGUGCGCGCUCUCACCACCAAGGUGCAUUUCGAGUGCAUAGGCUGGCAGGACGCGGAAGACGCGAGCGCCCCCCUGGUAUACGCCCUGCUGCUGCGUCGUUGUCGGCAGGGCCACUGUGAGGAGUUCUGCGUCUAUAGGGGCAGUCUCGCCUCCUAUGGAGCCGUGCUGCCGCCUGGGUUCGCACCCCACUUCCAGGUGGGCCUGGCCGUGGUUGUGCAGGACCAGCUGGGUGCGGCUGUGGUCGCCCUCAACAGUUCUCUGGCCAUCACCCUGCCAGAGCCUCCUGGCGAUUCCCCAGGAGGCCCCUCGGACCUCAUGACCUGGCUACACAGCCUCACAGAGAGCAUGCUGCCCAGGCUACUGAGACAGGCUGACCCCCAGCACGUCAUCGAGUACUCGCUGGCCCUCAUCACUGUGCUCAAUGAGUCUGAGCCGGCCGUGGCUGCAGCAGCAGAGUCAGAUGCCAGGCGGCAGCUGCAAGCCCAGAUACGCAAGAACGUCACGGAGACCCUGGUCUCCCUGCGGGUCAACACCGUGGAUGACAUCCAGCAGAUCGCGGCAGCGCUGGCCCAGUGCACGGUGUCCAGCAGGGAGCUGGUGUGCGGCUCCUGCCUGAAGAAGACGCUGCACAAGCUUGAGGGUAUGAUGCGCAUCCUGCAGGCCGAGACUGCCGCUGGCACCGGGACGCCCACGGGCAUCGCCGACAGCAUCCUCAACAUCACAGGCGACCUCAUCCACUUGGCCAGUGCGGACGUGCAGGGCCCACAGCCCUCAGAGCUGGGCGCAGAGCCGCCCUCGCUCAUGGUGGCGUCCAGAGCUUAUCACCUCUCCUCGGCCCUCAUGUGCAUCCUCAUGCGCUCCCGAGUCCUCAAUGAGGAGCCCCUGACACUGGCGGGCGAGGAGAUCGUGGCUCAGGGCAAGCGCUCAGACCCACUGAGCCUGCUGUGCCAGGGUAACGCCUCGGUUCCCGGCUGCCACUUCUCUAUCCCCGCGGCCUUCAGCGGGGCCCUGUCCAACCUCAGUGACGUGGUGCAGCUCAUGUUCCUUGUCGACUCCAAUCCCUUCCCCUUCGGCUACAUCAGCAACUACACCGUCUCCACCAAGGUGGCCUCCAUGGCCUUCCAGACGCAGGCUGGGGCUCAGAUCCCCAUCGGGCAGCUGGCCUCGGAGCGCGCCAUCACCGUGAAAGUGCCCAACAGCUCAGACCAGGCCUCCCGGGGCCGUCCCCCGACCCCGGCCGGCUCUGCUGUCGUGCAGCCCCAGGCCUCGGUCAGCGUUGUGGUCACCCCCGAGAACAGCAACCCCGCCGCCGGGCUGCAUCUGCAGCUCACCUACACGCUGCUCAGUGAGCACUACUUGCCCGAGGAGCCCGAGCCCUACCUGGCCGUGUACUUGCACUCGGCGCCCCGGCCGAACGAGCACAACUGCUCGGUCAGCAGGAGGAUCAGCCUGGAGCAGCUGAUGGGCGACGACCACAGGCCCUAUACCUUCUUCAUCGCCCCGGGGACCAGAGACCCAGGCGGGACUUACUACCUGAACCUGACUAGCCACUUCCACUGGUCAGCGCUGGAAGUGACCGUGGGCCUCUACGCGUCCCUGUGCCAGUACUUCAGUGAGAAGGACAUGAUGUGGAGGACGGAGGGGCUCGUGCCUUUGGAGGAGACCUCGCCCAGCCAGGCCGUCUGCCUUACCCGCCACCUCACAGCCUUCGGGGCCAGCCUCUUUGUGCCCCCCAGCCACAUCCACUUCAUCUUCCCGGAGCCGGCCUCAGGCACGAACUACAUCGUUUUGCUGACGUGUUCCGUGUGCCUGGUGACCUAUGCGGUCAUGGCCGUGAUCCUGCGUAAACUGGACCAGCUGGACGUCAGCCGGGUCCGCGUCAUCCCUUUCUGCGGGAAGGCGGGCCGCUUCAAGUACGAGAUCCUGGUCAAGACCGGCUGGGGCCGAGGCUCAGGUACCACGGCGCAUGUGGGCAUCAUGCUGUACGGGGCGGAGGGCCGCAGCGGCCACCGGCACCUGGACGGGGACAGAGCCUUCCGCCGCAACAGCCUGGACGUGUUCCAGAUCGCCACUCCGCACAGCCUGGGCAGCGUGCGCAGGAUCCGCGUGUGGCACGACAACAAAGGGCUCAGCCCCGCCUGGUUCCUGCAGCAUGUCAUCGUCAGGGACCUACAGAACGCCCGCAGCACUUUCUUCCUGGUCAAUGACUGGCUCUCGGUGGAGACCGAGGCCAACGGCGGCCUCGUGGAGAAGGACGUGCUGGCAGCAAGUGACGUGGCCCUGCGGCGGUUCCGGCGCCUCCUAGUGGCCGAGCUGCAGCGUGGCUUCUUUGACAAGCACAUCUGGCUGUCCCUUUGGGACCGGCCGCCUCGGAGCCGCUUCACGCGUGUCCAGAGGGCCACCUGCUGCGUCCUCCUUCUCUGCCUUUUCCUGGGCGCCAACGCCGUGUGGUACGGGGUCGUGGGAGACGCUGCCUACAGCGCGGGGCCUGUGUCCGCUCUGAUCCCGCUGAGUGUUGACACAGUUGCUGUUGGCCUGGUGUCCAGUGUGGUCGUCUAUCCCGUCUACUUGGUCAUCCUGUUUCUCUUCCGGAUGUCCCGGAGCAAGGUGGCUGGGGGUCCGAGCUCCACCCCCGCAGGGCCGCAGGUACUGGACAUCGACAGCUACCUGGACUCAUCUGUGCUGGACAGCUCCUUCCUCACUUUCCCGGGUCUGCACAUGGAGGCCUUUGCUGGACAAAUGAAAAGUGACUUAUUUUCGGAUGAUUCUAAAAGCCUGGUGUGCUGGCCAUCCAGCGAGGGCACGCUUCAUUGGCCAGACUUGCUGAGUGACCCCUCCAUCGUGGGCAACACCCUGCAGCGGCUGGCCCGGGGCCGUGUGGGCCGCACGCUGGGCCCAGAGGAGGACGGUCUCUCCCUGGUCAGCCCCUCCUCACCUGCCAAAUACUUCUCGGCUUCAGAUGAGGAUCUGAUUCGGCAGAUCCUGGCUGAAGGGGCCAGCAGCCUGGCCCCCACCCAGGACACUCAAGUAGAAACAGAUCUGCUCACUAGCCUGUCCAGCGCCCCCGGGGAGAGGACAGAGACGCUGAUGCUGCCGAGGCUGGGGGAGAGGGGGCUGCCCAGCCCAGGUCUGACCUGGGAGCAGCCCCAGUUGGCAAAGCUCUCCAGCACAGGGCUGGUGGACGGUCUGCGGAGGCGGCUGCUGCCGGCCUGGUGUGCGCCCCUGGCCCAUGGACUCAGCCUGCUCUUGGUGGCUGCAACUGUGGGGGUCUCGGGCUGGGUGGGUGCCAGCUUCCCCCCUGGCGUGAGUGUGAUGUGGCUCUUCUCAAGCAGCUCCAGCUUCCUGGCCUCCUUCCUUGGCUGGGAGCCUCUCAAGGUUCUGCUGGAAGCCCUGUACUUCUCACUGGUGGCCAAGCGGCUCCAUCCUGACGAGGAUGACACCCUGGUGGAGAGCCCAGCCGUGACGCCUGUGAGCGAGCGUGUGCCCCGCGUGCGGCCCCCCCACGGCUUUGCGCUCUUCCUGGCAAAGGAGGAAGCCCAAAAGGUCAAGAAGCUGCACAGGAUGCUGAGGAGCCUCCUGGUGUAUAUGCUCUUCCUGCUGGUGACGCUGCUAGCCAACCACGGGGAUGCCUCAUGCCACAACCAUGCCUACCGCUUGCAGAGUGCCAUCAAACAGGAGCUGGGCAGCCAGGCCUUCCUGGCCAUCACCCGGUCUGAGGAGUUCUGGCCGUGGAUGUCGCACGUGCUGCUCCCCUACAUCCACGGGAACCGGUCCAGCCCAGAGCUGGGGCCCCCACGGCUGCGUCAGGUGCGGCUGCAAGAAGCACUCUGCCCAGACCCUCCCGGUUCAGGGGUGCCUGCGUGCUCUGCAGCCUCUGGCACCUUCAGCACCGGCGACUAUGGCAUUGGCUGGGGGAGUGCUGCCCACAAUGGCUCGGAGACGUGGGCCUACUCUGCACCAGACCUGCUGGGUGUCUGGUCCUGGGGCUACUGCGCUGUGUACGACAGCGGGGGCUACGUGCAGGAGCUGGGGCUGAGCCUGGAAGAGAGCCGCGCGCAGCUGGGCUUCCUGCAGCUGCACAACUGGAUCGACAACAGGAGCCGCGCCGUGUUCGUGGAGCUCACGCGCUACAGCCCGGCCGUGGGGCUCCACGCCGCCAUCACGCUGCGCCUCGAGUUCCCUGCAGCCGGGCACGCCGUGACCGCCCUCAGUGUGCGCCCGUUCCCGCUGCAGCGCCUGAGCGCCGGCCUCUCACUGCCGCUGCUCACCUCGGUGAGCCUGCUGCUGUUCGCGCUGUACUUCUCGGUGGCCGAGGCGCGCGUGUGGCACAGGGAAGGGCGUAUACGCGCGGUGCAGCCCGGGGCCUGGGCACGGUGGCUGCUGGUGGCACUGACCGCGGCCGCGGCGCUGGUGCGCCUGGCCCAGCUGGGUGCCGCCGACCGCCAGUGGACCCGCUUCGUGUGCCGCCGCCCGCGCCGCUUCACCAGCUUCGAGCAGGUGGCGCAGCUGAGCGCCGCGGCUCGCGGGCUGGCCGCCUCACUGCUCUUCCUCCUUCUGGUCAAGGCCGCACAGCAGCUGCGCUUCGUGCGCCAGUGGUCGGUUUUUGGCAAGACGCUGUGCCGGGCCCUGCCGGAGCUCGUGGGGGCUGCCGUGGGCCUGGUGGCGCUCGCUGUGGCCUACACCCAGCUGGCCGUUCUGCUGGUGUCCUCCUGCGUGGAUUCGUUUCGGAGUGCGGCCCGGGCCCUCUUGGUGCUCUGCCCUGGGUCCGGGGUUCCUGCCCUGUGCCCUACUGAAUCCUGGCGCCUGUCCCCGCUGCUGUGCACGGGGCUCUGGGCCCUGCGGGUGUGGGGGGCCCUGAGGCUGGGGGCAGUCCUCCUGCGCUGGCGGUACCAUGCUCUGCGUGGGGAGCUCUACCGACCAGCCUGGGAGCCACAGGACUAUGAGAUGGUGGAGCUCUUCUUACGCAGGCUGCGCCUCUGGAUGGGCUUCAGCAAGGUUAAGGAGUUCCGCCACAAAGUCCGCUUCGAAGGGAUGGAGCCGCUGCCUUCCCGCUCCUCCAGGGGCUCCAAGUCUUCCCCGGAUGCACCACCCCCCAGCGGGGGCUCUGAUACCUCACGGCCCUCCACCUCCUCCAGCCAGCUGGACACGCUGAGCGGGGGCCUGGGCCGGUUGGGGCCCCGGGGGGAGCCUGAGCCCUCACGGCUCCAAGCCGUGUUCGAGGCCCUCCUUACCCAGUUCGACCGACUCAACCAGGCCACAGAGGACGUCUACCAGCUGGAGCAGAGGCUGCAGAACCUGCAGGGCCGCAGGAGCACUGGUCCCCCAGCCUCCCCUCCCUGCAGCCCCUCCUCACACCUGCGGCUAGCCCUGCCCAGCCGUCUUGCCCGGGCCAGCCGAGGCAUGGGCCUGGCUACUGGCCCCAGCAGGGCUUCCCUGCGGGCUAAGAACAAGGUCCACCCCAGCAGCACUUAACCCCUGGGCCCUGGGCUCAUAGCCCUUCCCUGGGGUGGGUCUGCGGCUUCACUCCAGCUUCUCGAAGG